AAGACUUCAUCUUGGUCCCUGUCUCGAAAGUUCAAUGAAGGCAGACGCCUCCCUCCAUCCAGGAACAUGAAGGGCUUAUCGGGCAGCCGCUCCCAACAUCAGAUUCCUCUACCCCACGGCUUGGACUAUGAUCCCCACGUCCAUGACAUCCACACUCACCAUGGCGCUGACUCCCGCCACCCAUCCUACCUGCUCAGCCCCACAGAGAGCUGCCCUAUGGACUUCCACCACCGCUACUCACCACGCAGCUCCAUCCACUCCGACUGCAUGAUGAUGUCCCCUGUCAUGAUGCCCCCAGCUGCUGCAUCUGACCACAUCUCCAGUAGCACCUUCCCCAGAAUGCACUACAGCUCUCCGUAUUAUGACUCAGCCACACGGGACGACUGCGCUGCCAUCACAGCCUCCGCCACCUCCCCAGCUGUUGCGGCUGCUGCAGCUGCAGCAGCUGCCUCUUCCCACCACGCUGGCACCAAGAGCAACCGCCUUCCUGCUAAUCUCCUUGACCAGUUUGAGAAACAACUGCCACUGCACCGUGACGGCUUCCACACUCUACAAUACCAGCGCACCUCCACCACCACCGAGCAACGCAGUGAGAGUCCCGGCCGCAUUCGACACCUUGUUCAUUCAGUCCAAAAGCUCUUCACCAAGUCCCACUCCCUGGAGGGAUCGUCCAAGAUGAAUGGCACAAAAGGUGACAUUGUAGGAGGGGGUUAUCACCAUCAUGGCCACCACUCCACAAAACACGGUAGCAAGAGGAGCAAGAGCAAAGAACGUAAGCACCGCUCCGGUGGCUGGUGGAGCUCAGAUGACAACCUGGAUAGUGACAGCACCUAUCGCACACCCAGUGUCAUGUCACGGCACCAUGGGGAACAUGUCGCCCACUACCACCCAGAUUCCAUGCACAGCCACCACUUCGGAGACCUGUCACUGAAGACCUCAAAGAGUAACAAUGAUGUCAAGUGCUCAGCCUGUGAGAGUAUGGCCAUGGGACCCGAGGGCAAGUUCAUGAAGAGGAGUUCCUGGUCGACUCUAACAGUCAGCCAGGCCAAAGAGGCCUACAGGAAGUCAUCGCUUAAUUUAGAGAAACCCAUGAUGUACACGGACCUCAAGUCAUCGCGGACAUGUCAUUACCUGCAGGUGCCCCAAGAUGAGUGGAGUGGAUACCCAGGUGAGAAAGAUGACGAGAUCCCAUGUCGGCGGAUGCGAAGCAGUAGCUAUGUUAAAGCAAUGGGAGAGGUGGAUGAUGAAAGUGGGGACUCUGACACCAGCCCUAAGACCUCUCCACAAAAGACCAUUCGGUCAGACGCUCUUGUCCUCAAAUCAGCCAUGCAGAGACCCCAUUUAGACUCCCACAGCCAGGGCUACCACUUGCAAACCACAAGAGAUAUACAGCCCCACCCUAGUGUCACGCUGGACCCUGCCACCUUUCAUCCCCCGCCCUUCCGCUCUCGCAACCAGAGCUACAUGCGCGCCGUCAGCACCCUCAGUCAGGCUAGCUGCGUCAGCCAGGUGAGUGAGACUGAGAUCAAUGGCCAGUUUGAGUCAGUUUGCGAGUCCGUUUUUAGUGAAGUAGAAUCCCAGGCCAUGGAGGCCUUGGACCUGCCUGGUUCGUUCCGCACUCGAAGCCACAGUUACCUCCGUGCAAUUCAGGCUGGUUAUUCCCAAGAUGACGACUGCUUGCCUUCAAUGACAUCCUCCACUGUCACUUCAACUCUCAGAUCCACAACAGCGGUAUCAUAUCCUCCCAGUUACAAGAAGACUCCACCUCCUGUGCCCCCGCGCACCACCACCAAGCCUCUUAUCUCUGUAACAGCCCAGAGCAGUACAGAGUCCACCCAAGAUGCCUACCAUGAGGGCAGGCAUCCACGGGGUGGUCUGUGGACCACAGACAGUCUCGGCCGUCCCAUCUACAGCUCCAUGGACAGCCUGGACAGCACCAAGGCGGUUACCAUGGCCAUGGAGUCAGCAGCAAGCAAGAGGCAUGCGUCGUUAGGCAGCCACACCUCGGUCCAGACAUGCGACAAAGCAGUGCUGGUGUCCAAGGCUGAGGAGUACCUCAAAACCCCACGUUCCUCUAUUGGGAUACAGGUAACAACAUAACCUGAUGUUUUUAAAUACGCAAAAAGUGAUGUGGAAACUGUGACAGACUCUGAGACUGACACUAAAGGCCUUCCUCAGUUCCAUUCUAUAGGGAUCCAGGUGGAGGAUAAAAAACGGCAUGGGAGGUUCAAGCGCUCCAACAGUGUGACCACUGCAGUGCAAGCAGACAUGGAGUUGGAGGGAUUUCCCUCCAUGGAGGAUAAAGGUUUGCAGUUCGGUGGUGCCUUCGGCCGCCACUCUGAGCCCAGCACGCCAACACAGUAUGGAGCGAUCCGUACGGUGCGCACGCAGGGCCUUUUCAGUUACAGGGAGGACUACCGGCCUUCCAGUGGGCCACCCAGCCCGCAGCCUGAACCCUGGCUGGUUGAACCCAGCCUGGAGAGCACCGACACAGGCCGAGUAUCCCCCCUCCGCAGGGACGGCAGCUGGUUUAUGCAGCUCCUUCACAACGAGACCAAGCGGUUGGAAGCAUGGUGCAAAGAGAUGGAGGCGGAGGCAGAGGAGCAUGACCUGUCAGAGGAGAUCCUAGGAAAAAUCCGAAGUGCAGUUGGGAGUGCUCAGUUAUUAAUGUCUCAAAAGUUUCAGCAGUUUUACUGGCUAUGCCAGCAGAAUCUGGACCCCAGUGCCAUGCCCAGACCCACAUCUCAGGACCUGGCUGGAUUCUGGGACCUUUUGCAGCUUUCCAUCGAUGACGUCACUGCCAAGUUUGAUGAGCUGCAGCAGAUCAAGAGCAACCAGUGGCAGCUGGUGGAGAGCCCAGAGAAGAAGGAGGAGCGGAAGUGGCCACCACCUCUGCCAAAAAGGUCAGCCAAGGGGCGUGGCGGUGUGACGCGGGAACGCUCUCUGGACCUUCAGGACCGCCAGCGACAGGAAGCCCGCAGACGCCUCAUGGCUGCCAAAAGAGCAGCUUCUUUCAGACAGAACUCGGCCACAGAGAGGGCAGACAGCAUCGAGAUCUACAUCCCUGAAGCCCAGACGCGGCUUUGAGGUCCACGGAUUCAUCCUCAGCUCCCCUCGUGCACCUCCACCCGACACCAGCACGUGGCGCCACAUUCAGCCCCCUUGUGCUGUCAACUAUUGUCGCUGCUCAUCCAUGUUUCCAUCUGUUGUAAUACCCUGGGUUGUCUCUACUGAAUCUACACUAAGCAAAUAUUUCACCUGUAGAAACCAAAAGUGUCUCCAGAACAGUAAAAACUGGACAACAGACCAUUACCCUCUCGUCUUUUUGGUCAUUUGUUUGGCUAAUGGUGAUCUUGGGCCAGCCGAAUUGGUGAUGAUAGUAUGGUGUUUAUGCACGGAUGUGGAUAUUUAAUAUAAGAACAACAACAGCAAAAAAUAAUAAUAAUAAUGAUAAUAAAAAUCAGUUACAUCUUUGCAACUUGGAGCGGCUAAAAGAGAAAUUUGCUUAGUGUAGUUUUAAGACCACAGGGGAUUUUUUUUUCCCCCCCACGAGUUUUGCACCAUGACGAUUAGCUUAUAAACCCUAAAACGAACAUUCAUCCUUACUACUCCACAUGUUUUGUUUUGUUUUCCACACCAGCAUUUUCUUAUACCUCUUUUCCACUUAUACAGUGCCAGUGCUGCCUCGGUGCCUUUUGAGAACCAGCCCACAUUUUGACAGGUCUGAAAAAACGGCCACUACAUCAUGGAAGUCACAGCAACAGAAAAGCCUUUGUGGACAGAUACGCAUAUGCAUAUGCCAAUUAUUGGUGGAUCUAAUGCAGUAGCCCCCUCCCAUAGCCACCGAUGGUUCCAGCUUUGGGACAGGCAAUUUCACGGCACCUCUGCUUCUUUGGAAAUGGACGGAACCAGCUGAAGAUUAGGCACCUGGACUGGGUGGGUGGAAAAGGGGUACUAGACUUUUCCAUCGUUCCCAUUCUCACACUGUGUUGAGGGUGAUGUUAUACAGCACUUGGCACAUUUAAAAGAAAACACAAAAGUGCAACUUUUUUCUCACCAGCAACAGUGGUCUUGGGCUAAAGCAACCUGUGCAGAGGUGGUUUCCCAUAUUGAUGUCACUUAGCGCAAUUGACGAGCCUCUGAAAAUCUGUAACCGCUGAAAGAAAUGCAGGGGAAGUCGUUCUUCAACGCUUCCCAUCAAAUUUGAAGUUGGAAUAGAUAGAAGAGUAACAAAAGUUUUGAUAGGGUGUUUGGGACCCUUCAUAUCGAUCCAACAAUAAUUUUCCAUGUUUAAUCAGGCAUGCUGCAGCUGCUGCCCAGUGUUGCUGACUGAGAUCUAAAUAUAAGACUAAAACUCCAUCAUUUCCACAUCCAUUCAUGUUCAUCAAGACUAGACAAUUCUACGACAUGUAGGUUAUUUGCUGCUGGAUGCAUUUCCAUUGCAGAACAAAUAUGAAUUAUUAACAAAACAGAGUUUUAUGUGGCCCGAAAGAGGUGACUGUAUCAAAAAAAAAAAAUGCAUUUUGCACCUUAUAAUAUACAUGUUUGUAUUUCCAAGGGAAAUGUAGUUUAUGAAGCUCAUGCGAUAUUGUUGCAGUUGAAUUGCAAGGACAGAUAUGGAAAAUUUACUACAGAAUUUCAUACAGUAUUACUCUAUAGGUCAUAGAAAUUGCACCUUUUUGUCAUAUUGUUUAUUUUUUUUUCUUCUUAAUGGCAUUACUGCCAUCGCGUAAGGAAAUAUUGUAAUUCUAACACUUUUACUUCUACUUGCAGUAUCUAUCAUAUGACCAACGUCACAAUCUACAGUAAACAUUUAGUAUUUCUAGUUAAACCUGUUGUUGGUUGAUUUGACAAUGUAUCUGUCCUAAUGACUAAAAGGUGUUCUUUAGCUAACAAACCAUUUCUCAUAACUCACUGCAUCUGACCUUUUUACCAAGUGGCGCAUAAUGAAAGCCCUUCUGUUCUUAUUUUGAUCUGCUCACGUAGUCUAGGAAAGACAGGUGCAAAUGACACUUUAACAAUAUUCAGUUACUAUAGUAAAUGGUGCUGCUUUUUACUCUAAAACUGUUGUCCUUUACCCAGUCCUAUGUGCA